AUGAAGUGGAUUGUUCUGUGCUGUUUCUUUAUUACUACAUUAGCCAUUCCCUUAAACACUAAUAACGAUGGCUUUACUGGGCAGCCAAUUGAAGAGUUGGGUAAACAUUUUGAAGGAGACAUGGUCCUCACAGAUUUACAAAAAUUGCAGAUUUUUGAUUCAAUGACGGAUAGCCGAACAGGACGCCUCGAUCCGCGUUAUCGCUGGCCAAAUAAUAUUCUCUAUUAUGAAUAUGCCGAUCAUGUAAAUCAAGAGCAGAGAGAUUGGAUUGAUUCAGCUCUGAUGAACAUCACAGGACACACUUGUCUCAGUUUUGUUCCGCGUACUACUGAGACUGACUAUGUAUACGUGACCACUUCGAGCUCAGGAUGUUUCUCCAACGUUGGACGUAGUGGAGGGCGCCAGCAACUCAAUUUACAAAAUAACGUGCCAACACAAGGAUGCUUCCGGUUUGGCACAGUUGUCCAUGAAUUUAUCCAUGCAUUGGGCUUCCAUCAUUCCCAAGCAGCUUAUAAUAGAAAUGAUUAUGUAAUUAUCAAGUGGGAGAACAUUCAGUCCGGUACUGAGAACAAUUUUGUGCUGAGGGAUCGAACAACAACUACAAUGUAUGGUUUGGAUUAUGACUAUGGCAGCGUGAUGCAUUAUGGACCAACAGCAUUUAGUAUGAAUGGAGAACCUACAAUUGUGCCGAUUCAAUCAGGAGCAGUCAUCGGACAAAGAAUUGCAAUGAGUCCUUUGGAUAUUCAACGUCUCAACCGAAUGUAUGAUUGUCCGGAAGGACAAUGAUAAACUUGAACAUUGUAAUUUUUUUUAUUAAAAUACUUAAAAUAAAAUCAUGUGUAAAGUAAAAA